AUGCAGGAAGAAUUGGCUCAGUUUAAAAGAAAUGAUGUGUGGAAUUUAGUGCCUAGACCAGAUGGUGUAAACGUUAUAGGUACCAAAUGGAUUUUUAGGAACAAGUCAGAUGAAAGUGGCAACGUCACAAAAAACAAGCCAAAAGGGUUCACUGACUCAACUUAUCCAGAACAUGUUUACAAGUUGAGAAAGGCACUGUAUGGAUUAAAACAGGCACCAAGAGCUUGGUAUGAAAGGCUUACUGAAUUCCUAACUAGCAAUGGUUACAACAAAGGUGGAAUUGAUAAGACCUUAUUUGUAAAGAGUGUCAAAGGAAAGUUGAUGAUUGCGCAGAUAUAUGUUGAUGACAUUGUCUUUGGCGGAAUGUCAGACCAGAUGGUAGAACAUUUUGUCAAACAAAUGAAAUUUGAGUUUGAGAUGAGCAUGGUAGGUGAACUAAACUAUUUUCUGGGCUUGCAAGUAAAACAGAUGGAUGACUCUAUGUUCAUUUCUCAGAGUAAGUAUGCUAAGGAAUUAGUUAAAAAAAUUGGUCUGGAAAAUUCAACACACAAGAGAACUCCUGCAGCAACUCAUGUCAAAUUGACUAAGGAUGAGAAUGGAGUAGAUGUUGAUCAAAGCUUAUACAGAAGCAUGAUUGGAAGUUUGCUAUAUCUCAUUGCUAGCAGACCUGAUAUUGCCUUCUCAGUUGGGGUUUGUGCUAGGUAUCAAGCUGCACCUAAGGAAAGUCAUCUUCUACAAGUCAAGAGGAUCAUUAAGUACAUCAGUGGAACUAUUGACUAUGGUAUUUUUUAUGCUCACAACACUGAUCCUAAGUUGAUAGGUUAUUGUGAUGCAGAUUGGGCAGGAAAUGCAGAUGAUAGAAAAAGCACCUCAGGGGGGUGUUUCUUCUUGGGAAAUAAUCUCAUUUCUUGGUUCAGCAAAAAGCAAAACUGUGUUUCCUUGUCUACAGCUGAGGCAGAGUACAUUGCCGCUGGAAGUGGUUGCACCCAAUUAAUGUGGAUGAAACAAAUGUUGAAGGAAUAUGAUGUCAAACAAGAUGUCAUGACAUCGUUCUGUGACAACCUGAGUGCUAUCAACAUUUCCAAAAAUCCAAUCCAGCAUAGUAGAACAAAACACAUUGAUAUUCGUCAUCAUUUCAUUAGAGAAUUGGUGGAAGAAAAGAUUAUCACUCUUGAACAUGUGGAAACUGAGUUGCAGUUAGCUGACAUUUUUACAAAAGCAUUGGAUGCAGCAAAAUUUGAGAAAUUAAGAGGAAAGUUAGGGAUUUGUGUCCUAACUGACUUGUAG